AUGUAUGCGAAAGACGAUGCAGCGUACUGCCACACCGAGAACAUAGUUUCGAGCAAGCGGCGGAAGCAUUAUCAGAUCCCGGUUCGCUCACAGUACGCACCUCCCAGCUUUGACUUCACUGCACGGGCCUUCCCUAACUCUGCAAUCUCCAGGCAUUGGCAACUUCGAUCUCUCAUUUCCGCCGAAAAACGUCACCUGAUAUAUUUCCCUGGCGGCAAUGGCAGCAAUCAUAUCCAGAGGCUGAAUACCUCGACACACGAAUGUGAAACAAUCAAGCUACUCACAUUUGCACCUCGGUGUCUGGUGGCGGAAAACGGCUGGCUAUGUUGCGGAAGCGAGAGUGGCGACUUUGUCGCGGUUCGUCUCGACGAAGCCAACGACGGCAUCAAUCUCAACGCGCCAUUGAAUUUAGAUCCCGACGCUCGUCCACCACUGCACCAGCAGACUCGUGAGGAAUCAUUACUUGCACUGAUAACGCAGGCGCGAAGAUCAAAUAAAAGCCUGAUCGCGAAAAGCGUCAAAAUAGCAAAUGACCGGGUAAACUGCAUCACUUUGUGGUUUCCAGGCGCUCUCGCUCCUCCCGUUCGAGAAGCCUACACAGAACCCGUUGCUAUCCUAGCCAACAAUGACUGUACCGUCACCGUCAUCAGUCUGGACGACUUUGAUAAGAGCGACAAGAUUGUCCCGCUCGACAUCGUUACCUACCCCGAUUAUGUCAACCGUGCAACCAUUUCCCCUGACGGACGCAUCAUGGCCGCAAUCCUAGAUGACCCUUAUCUCUACAUUCAUGUUCGUUCCGAAAAGUCUUGCGAGUCAGAAUGUUUGCCACAGCAUACCUGGGAACUUCGCCAACGGCUCAUGCUCAAAAGCCAAAAGAAGGGCGACAGGGCAGACAGUCGUGGGAGUUUUGCCGCUUGCUUCUCAAACUCCGGGUCCUAUCUUGCCGUCGGCACGCAGCACGGAGUCAUAUCUAUUUACGAUGCCGAACUGUUGUUGGACACUGACACAGAUCCUCUUCUUACAACCUUUGAAUCGUCGCGACCCCGAAGCGGCCCAGGUGCAAUCCGCGACAUGGCUUUUUGCCCGGGCCCAUCCGAUAUUUUAGCUUGGACAGAGGACCGUGGUCACAUUGGUAUUGCUGAUGUGCGUGCAGACUUCAUCGUGCGCCAGAUAGUAGACAUCAGUGCCGAGCCCGAUUUCGAGCAUAUCAGCAUCUUUGACCGCAACACCAUCGACCCUAGGCUGCUAGACGGUCAAAAUACUCCCAGAAGAGAAGGCAACCAACUAGUUCGGGUUGGUCUGUCCGCCACUAGGCGUCAGGGAGAUGGCCGUAUUGAUACUUUGAAUCAGCCCCUUACACCGAGUGAGACGAUAGUGCUGGAGGCUAUACAAGGGGACCGUCGCCGGCGAGACAGACUCACGCAGCGGACCGACGGCGGAGAUACCACCACGUUCGAUUCUUCUUGGUCUUAUCUGACAAGUUUACGUUCAUCAAGCACCGAAGAAGAGGUUGCGCGGCCGCUUCAGCGCCAGCGCAGUAGUAGUGUCACUCGUGGCAGCUCCGAAACCUUCAACUCGUACCGCGACCAGAGAGAACGAGACAGACUCGCUGAACGCGUGCGAGAAUUUCGGCAGCUUGGGAGAGAGAGAGAACCGAUCGACAGACUUUCUGGGCGUCGAGACCAAAGAUGGAUCGACAGGCUGGGCGAGACUGUCGCUGCUAUGCGGGAGCAGCGUGAGCGUGAUGGCGAUCGACCUGAUGCAUCAUAUCUCAACGUUCUUGAUAUCCUACAGGCAAGGGAAAGAAGUGGAUUACCUGCAGGAACCACAUCAACUACCACGACCGCGAGAGGGUCGGCGAUAGGAACUGGAACCGGUUCUGGCUUGCGGCCUGCGACUACGGCAGCGAGCACUCUGGCCAACGAUCCAGAACGCGAUGACUCAUCUCUGCUAGUACCUCUGGUCAACCAAGUCGUCAAUAGGUGGGAGGAAAGCGCGAUUAGAGGAACACUCGUGACGGAGCACACGGGCCUAUUCGAAGUACCACCCUCGCCAGACAAUACUGCUGGACUGGCUUGGAGCGACGAUGGCCGUACCUUAUUCGUUGGAGCUCAGAAUGGCAUUUAUGAGUUUCAUAUCAACACUUGGAGCCGGCUCUACUUUCCCAGCAUGCAGAUGCGCUAA